CAUGAGCAUGCGCCCAGAUUGAGAAGGCGUGGCUCUGCGAGGCUGUGUGUACGUACGUACGUAUAUACGUGUGUAUGUACACGUGUGCGUGUCCUCGCGCCAACUAGCUGAGGGUAUGGUUUUGGACCUAGUUCUCUUUCGCGCUGACCAAGGCGGUGAUCCAGAAAAUAUUAAGGAGCUCCAGAAAAAGCGUUUCAAGGACGCUUCUCUCGUCGACAAAGUGGUUGAAGCAGACUCAAAAUGGAGGAAGCGAUCGGCUUGUGCGGGUUCUAAAGUCUAUGUCUAUAGCUGUGUGUGUCUGGGCAGUGUGGCCCUACGAUUUUGAGUUCGGUUUCAGACAGACAAUUGGAACAAAUACAGAAAUAUGUGUGCAAAGGAAAUUGGCUCCAAAAUGAAGCGAAAAGAACCGAUUGGGGAUGGUGAUACUAUCUCACAAGAGAUAAUGGAUAAGCUCCAAGCUCAAGCACUCACAUCAGAGGAUUUGAAAGCACUGACGGUGAAGCAGAUAAAGAAAUUGCAAACUGAAGUUGACAAAUUGAACCAAAGUUGCACAGCUCAGUUGAAGGAAUGUGAAUUACAGAGACAUGCUUAUCUCACCCAGAUUGGUAACAUUCUCCACCCUUCAGUUCCGAUCAGUGCCACUGAGGAUGAUAAUACAGUGGAAAGAACAUCUGGAGAUUGCUCUACUCGGAAGCGGUAUUCUCACAUAGAUUUACUGCAUAUGAUUGAUGCAGUUGAGAUGCAGAAGGCAACAGUUGCUGCUGGAAAUAGAUGUUACUACCUAAAGGGUGUUGGAGUCUUCCUGGAGCAAGCACUGAUUCAGUGUGCCAUGAGGAUGCUACAUGCCAAAGGUUACACUCCAAUAUAUACUCCGUUUUUCAUGAAGAAGGAAGUUAUGCAGGAGGUUGCUCAACUCAGUGAUUUCGAUGAGAUGUUGUACAAGGUCAUCAGUAAGAGCAGUGAAGAGGUGGGAGAUGCGUCUACAGAGGAGAAAUAUCUCAUUGCAACAAGUGAACAGCCACUAUGUGCCUUGCAUAGAGAUGAGUGGAUGGAGCCAAAAGAGCUUCCGAAACGUUACAUUGGAUUCUCCACCUGUUUCCGUCAGGAAGUGGGUUCACAUGGUAGAGAUACCAGGGGGAUUUUUAGAGUUCAUCAGUUUGAGAAGGUCGAACAAUUUUGCAUAACAAGUCCGCAUGAUGGUGAAUCUUGGAGGGUGUUUGAUGAAAUGAUAGCUAAUGCAGAAGAAUUUUACCAGGCUCUUGGAAUUCCAUAUCGCAUUGUUAACAUCGUCUCAGGUGAACUGAACAAUGCUGCUGCAAAGAAGCUGGAUUUGGAAGCAUGGUUCCCAGGAUCUGGUGCCUUUCGUGAACUGGUAUCAUGUUCAAACUGUACCGACUACCAAUCUAGGCGACUGCAAAUUCGCUUUGGACAGACCAAGAAGAUGAAUGCACAAAUUGAACCUGUUCACAUGUUGAAUGCAACAAUGUGUGCUAUCACUCGUACUAUCUGUGCUAUUGUUGAGAACUACCAGACAGACGAAGGCAUCAGCAUUCCAACCGCCCUAAAGAAUUUUAUGCCCCCUGGAUUAGACGAUUUCGUUAAAUUUGUUAAAUCAGCUCCCCCUAUUGAAUCCUCAACAAAGAAACAAAAGAAGCAAACUUCAGGGUGAUAGCAGUAGACAACUCAUUAAAAUCAUCAUGUAUCAUGUUCAGUAUGCCGAAUGAUAUGGUUUUGACACUUGGCAUCUUCAAAAGAGAGAAGUACUAUAGAACAGACUGCAGUGAGUAUACAUGUGCAAAAAUUACAAGACAUUCUGCACAGAUGCUACUUUUGCGGGCAGCUAGGAACAAUAGAGCAUGAGGAGUGAACAACCAGCUAUAGGUAAAAGGGCCACCUGACCAUGCAGUAAAGCUGCAUGCUUUAAUUAACAUAGCUGUGACUUGUGUACCGUACUGCUUUUCAAAGGUGAACCGGUGAAACCAUAAUUAAUGUUAGGCAGGCUGCAGCUGGAGUACCUUGAAGAGCAUAAACUAUUAUUUCUGAUGGGCUGUCUAUGUGUCAGUAAUUAAGACCUAACAGAAUACUUCAUUAUUGUAAAGGAUGCUGG